AUGACUACAGAAAUGUCCCUCGCUCAGGGCUACGUCCAGGCAAAGUCGUAUAUUCCAUACGACCAAAUCCUCCUCUUUGGAGACUCGAUCACCCAGUUCUCAGCAUACCAGGGCCGUGGCUUUGCUUUUUCGCCGCAGAUGCAAGAUGACUAUGUGCGAAAGCUGGAUGUCCUUAACCGUGGCUUCAGCGGAUAUACGUCCUCUCAGGGGCUGAAUGUGCUGCCACAGUUCUUCCCACCGUCUCACGUAGCCAAAGUCCGUAUGAUGACCGUGUUCUUUGGUGCCAAUGAUGCUGUCCUGCCACCAGGAGACCAGUACGUGCCUGUGGACAAAUACGCAGAAAACCUCAGGGCGAUUAUCCAGCACCCCGUAGUCAGAUACGGAGGCACCAAGAUGGUCCUUCUCACUCCGCCGCCAGUCAACGAGUAUCAGCUCACAGCCUUUGACCUGUCCAAGGGAGUCACCCCCUUGUCUCGCACAGCCAACAACACCAAGCUGUACGCCGAUGCCUGUCGCGAAGUCGGCAAAUCUCUUCACGUAGCUAUUGCAGAUAUAUGGUCUGCCUUUAUGAAAGAGGCCGGCUGGGUCGAAGGCCAGCCGAUAGCCGGAUCAAGGGGCAUUCCUGAGAACCCCAGGCUGGCCUCCUUGCUCAUAGAUGGUCAGUCCAAGUCAAUCAUGAAUUUUUCAAAUAAAGAAGCUCCUGAGAAGCAGCCUGUCCAUUUCCCGCCGUACCAGUUUGCCGAAGACGCAUAG